AUGACAGAUCCCACCUCCCUCUCCGCCGUAGAAGUCCCUCCAACCCCAACAACUCCAACAACACCCCAUUCUCCGGGCCACAAACCAAAGAAGGCCAACCCACUCACAGACCUCAUCGACACAGAAAAGAGCUAUGUCGACAACCUUACAGGCAUCAUUAGGAAAGUAGCGGGUGCAUGGUCCAGGUCAAACCUGCCACCUCCAGAGCUCGAUACCAUGUUCAGGAGCAUUGAAGGCGUCUACAAGGCGAAUCGUGGUCUUCAUGGGAAACUCAAAGAAAUCGGCGCAAAUCCGUCAUCACCAAAAGCGCUGGGAGACCUGCUGAUGAAAUGGAUCGAGGACCUGGAAACGCCAUAUAGCAACUAUUGCGCGAAAUACUCGACUGGUUUCGACACUUGGGGCCCUGUUCAAUCCAACGCGAAGCUUCCCGGUAUCCUCGAGGCUUUCUCCGCGACGAAUCCCCCAACCGGAAGUCCCGAAGUCCAGGUUUGGACCCUUGAUACCCUGUUCCUUCUCCCCAAGGCCCGCCUCAAGUACUACCGAAAGCUGUACAGCCGUCUGCUCAAAAGCACAGCACCAGGCCGCAGUGAUCAUCGCCUGUUGGUCAGCGCAGUCGAAACUCUGGACCGCUUACUCGCGACUUUGGACAGUCGCGCUACAGUUUCGGUGUCCAGUACUGCCCCUCCGACAGUUGAGACAGAGGAUGAGGUGGUUGUAGACUUGCGGGCGCCUCCGACCAAGAACCAGGCACCUUCGCUUCCACCUCUCCCUCCAAGCGAGCCGUUAUCCAAUCCCGGAAGCGAGAGUGGCUCUGCGCGUGGCAGCUUAACAUCAGCAGGGGAACGGUUCUCUGGCGAGACCGCAAACACCUCGAUUAGCAGGGGCUCUAAUGCCACCCUCUCGAUGCCUAUCACUCACCUCGAGCGCCGUCUAUCCACCGCCCGCACCCUCGACAUCUUCACCAUGACUCCCAAGGUUGUCAAGCUACAAAUGUCACCGCCUACUCUUACCUUCACCCGUGAAUUGAGAACGUCAGAUGACGUCGUCAUUCGAUUUGUUCCCCGUGCUACUGGCCAAGAAGUCGUUCACCGCCAGGGGCAUAUUUACCUCCUUUCAGAUCUGUUCUUGGUCUGCGAACGCAUGACCCAGGAGGAGCAGGCGCAGCCUGGAAAUGAAGGUUGUGACAUGUGGCUCUGCUACCCGCCGCUCGCAGGAAAGGUUUUGAGAGUUUCUGAGGUCGAAGGCCAAGAAAAUGCAUUCCAAAUUGCGAUAAUGCGAAAGGAGCACUUGAUCGUGGAGACAGACUCUGUUCAGCGCAGAGAUCAGCUCAUGGCCCAUUUCAGAGACUGUAUCGAGUUUUCUGGAUCCCUUCCUCCGCUGUCCAAAGUUCCUCCUCCGCCCGUGCCUCAAAUCCCCCGCGGCAAUGAUGGUCCUUUGCCACCAAAUCAAGGACCUCCGCCUCCUGACUAUCAAGAAAACACACCUCGCUUCAACAGUCCACCCCCACCCGGUGGCCCUAGCGGCUUCCAACCUGGAAUACGCACCUCGGCCUCCGCCCAACCGUUCGGAAAUGGCCCGCCUCCCGGUUUCGCGCCUCCACCCCGCAGCACAAGUUUCAACGGUGGCGGACCUCCUGGCCCGCUUGGACCUGGAGGGCCUCCCCCACCCAUGGUACGUGGGGGGCCUCCAAUGGGUGGCCCUGUCGGUCCACCCGGUUCAAUGGUUCCUCCUGGUUCAAUGGGCCCCCCUGGCUCAAUGGGUCCUGGUCCAAUGGGUCCUCCCCCUCCACACAUGCAAGGCCCACCGGGCCCACCUGGGCAUCAUGGGCCCGCCGGCCUCCCACCGCAUCCAAUGCAAGCACCAUUCCCUGUGCAUCCAAUCAAUGGCAGGCCUGGUCCUGGUCCUGGUUUGCCUCCAGGCCCAGGGUUCCCACCAGGCGGUCGCCCGCCUAUGGGACCCGGUAUGGGUGGCUUCCCACCAAACGGACCAGGUGUCCCUCCUCGCCCUCCGUCCGAGCCGCCCAUGCACCAUAUCCACAAAUCUCCUUCGUUGAGGUCCAUGAACUCCCAAUUCUCCCAGCACGACCCUCAUGCAGGACCGGUACCCCCAAUGCCGGCCUUCUACAACCAGGGCCGGAAUCACUCGCAACCCAGUCUACAUGCUCCUCAGGCUCGCCCACUGUUGCCAUCCGCUCAGCCAGCUUCUCGUGCUGCUUCGAUGAUGGAACCUUCCUUCGACGAACCCAGCCCUCCCAACUCACCUGUUCCUGAAAUGCCUCAACAUACCGGGCCCGUUACGUCUGUCAUUUCCGCGCAAAUGAAGUGCAAAGUCUUCUUGCAGCAGCAGCAUGCUCAAUGGAAGUCUUUGGGCUCGGCCAAGCUCAAGCUAUACCGUCAGGAUCCUACCAACGUUAAGCAACUUGUGGUUGAAGCGGAUAGCAAGGUCUUGAUCUCGACUAUCGUUCUGACCGACGGAGUGGAACGCGUUGGAAAGACGGGUGUUGCUAUUGAACUCAGUGAUAACGGUUCUAGAACUGGAAUCAUUUACAUGAUCCAGUUGCGAAACGAGGAAUCCGCUGGUGGGCUAUUCAACAGUCUUUUGGCUGGCUCGGAUCGGUCCUUUGGUAGGUAA